CGCUGGUUCUUCCGUUGGUAUUCGCCGCUGCAAACAGCUCCCGAAACAGAUCGCUGAACUAAACAGUGUUCAAAGAUCCUUCGUUUCGCUCCAUUUUUCAAUAACAAGGCGUAGUUAGAUUCCAUUACUACACAUUUUCUCUCACAAAUCUUCAUUUUCUACUGCAACAAUGUCGAUAUCAAAUUCGCUAUCCUCAGUUCCCGCGCGUCUCACACUCCUCGCUCUCUUCUCCGCCACCACCUUCUACUGUCUCUACAAAUCUCGUCGUUUAAGAUACCUCAAACUAUCCUUAAACCCUAACCCUAAACCUAAACCUAAGAUCAUAUUCCUCUCAGAAACCGGAACCAGCAAAACCCUCGCUCUCCGCCUCCAACGUCUCCUCGCCUCUAACGGCGUCGCAUUCGACGUCGUCGAUUCGCGGCACUACGAGCCCGAGGAUCUUCCCAAGGAGACGCUUCUCAUCCUCAUCGCCUCCACGUGGCAGGACGGCGCACCACCAGCUGCCUCCCGCUUCUUCGCCACGUGGCUCGCCGAAGCCGCCGCCGAUUUUCGCGCCGGCUCACUUCUCCUCUCGAGCUGCCGUGUAGCCGUCUUUGGCGUCGGGAGCCGAGCCUACGGUGAAUCCUUCAACGCCGUCGCGAAGGGCCUCGCGACGCACCUGAGGGCGCUAGGCUCCAAGGAGGUGGUUCCGCUUUGUGAGGGGGAUGUUGAUGGUGGUGACCUGGACAAGGUUUUCGAUCGGUGGUGUGAGAAGGUGCUGGCCGUUUUGAAAGGAGGUGGUGUUGCGGAAUGCGAUGAUGGUGAUGGUGGUGGUGCUCUGGAAUGUGGCGUUUAUUCGAGUUCCGAAGAGGAGUCUGAUGUGGAGAGUGAGAUUGUUGAUCUUGAGGACAUUGCUGGUAAAGCUCCUUCACGGCGGAAGACAUUGGCUAGUGGUGAAGAGAGUAAUGGGAAAUUGAGUGGCAGAAAGGAAAUGGUGACUCCUGUGAUUCGAGCAAAUUUAGUGAAGCAGGGGUAUAAAAUCAUUGGGUCGCAUAGUGGUGUCAAGAUUUGUAGAUGGACAAAGGCGCAGCUUCGUGGUCGAGGUGGUUGCUAUAAACACUCGUUUUAUGGAAUCGAGAGUCACAGAUGCAUGGAGGCAACCCCUAGCUUGGCAUGUGCAAAUAAAUGUGUUUUCUGCUGGAGGCAUCACACAAAUCCAGUAGGGAAAAGUUGGCAAUGGGAGAUGGAUGAUCCGAGAGAGAUUGUAAAUUCUGCAAUAGACCUCCACACAAAUAUGGUUAAACAAAUGAAAGGAGUUCCUGGAGUCACCUUGGAGCGAUUAAAUGAAGGUCUCUCACCUCGUCAUUGUGCAUUAUCUCUUGUUGGUGAACCUAUAAUGUAUCCAGAGAUAAAUGCACUUGUGGAUGAGCUGCACAAAAGGAGGAUUUCCACUUUUCUAGUUACAAAUGCACAAUUUCCUGAGAAAAUUAAAUCGCUGAAACCUAUUACCCAGUUAUAUGUCAGUGUAGAUGCUGCAACAAAGGACUCUUUGAAGGCAAUUGAUAGACCACUAUUUGGCGAUUUCUGGGAGAGAUUCAUUGAUUCCUUGACUGCUUUAAGGGAAAAACAUCAGCGAACAGUAUACCGCCUGACCCUAGUGAAAGGUUGGAAUACUGAAGAUGUUGAUGCUUAUUCUAAGCUCUUUAGUAUAGGAGAUCCUGACUUUGUUGAAAUCAAGGGAGUUACGUAUUGUGGCUCGUCCACUACAUCAAAACUCACAAUGGAAAAUGUCCCUUGGCAUGCUGAUGUGAAAGCUUUUUCAGAGGCCCUAGCUUUGAAAAGUCAAGGAGAGUAUGAAGUUGCAUGUGAGCAUGCUCACUCGUGCUGUGUCCUCUUAGCAAAAACCAACAAGUUCAAAAUCGAUGGCCGGUGGUAUACAUGGAUAGACUAUGAAAAAUUUCAUGAUCUGGUGGCAUCUGGAAAAACUUUUGACAGCAGAGAUUACAUGACUGCCACACCAUCCUGGGCCAUCUAUGGAUCGGAGGAAGGUGGAUUUGAUCCAGGGCAAUCGAGAUUUAGAAAAGAGAGACAUCACAAGUCGAGCCACAAUCAAUCUGGUUAGACAUUUAAGAGCUUUUGGCCACUGACAUUCAUUUUCCCGUUGAUCUUUCUUCUUCAGUGUAUAACUCAUUAGGUUAUACAACAUACUUCAAUAGGAUAGUUUUUAAUACAUGGCUUCAUACAUAGGCUAGUACCAUUUCAGUGUAUUUAAGCCUUUAAGCCCCCAAGUUUUCCCAAUUGCAAGUUGAAAGAAUAUUAUAUUUUUCGUAAUUACCUCAAAUUUUUGAUGUCAAUGUUGUAGUCGCAGAAGCAACUCGUUUUUGAGAUUGAGAUCUGUAGAAUAUGUUUGAAGUUUUGCUGUACAAAGCAUUGCUUAGUGUUGCUCUGUUGUAAUAUUUUGGCAAACUCUUUUAAGUUAUAUAGCCUUUCAGGAGAGGAAGAUUAGGUGGAAAUAUUAUAAUGCAAUGCAAACAUGUAGACUGUGCAAA